UGAAACUAUUAAUUCAGAUGCAUUAAUUAGGAAAUUGAGACGAACGAAUGAGAAUUUAAAAAAGAAGAAAGGAAAAUACAAAACAGAAUUUGAAGCAUUACAGUUUGAAAUUCCAGUAGGUACUACAAAUGCAGGUAGUGUUAAGAAGUCAGUAGUGGAAUCAUUUGAGACAGAGGCUGCUAAUAUGGCAGUAAAGUCCAUUGAAAAAAAUUUAAAAGAACAACGAAUUGAAAUUAAGAAUAGAGAACUUUUUUUUGAAGAACAAAUAGAUACAUCUAAACGACUCCAGGCAGAGACCUUAAAACAAAUGACAGAUAGAGAAAAAAAAUUGAAAAAGGAGAUUGAUGUGUGGAAAAUCAAAACAAAAAAACUCAGGUAUGAGAACUUGCUUCUCAAAAGGAAAAGAAAAAGAGAUGAAAUGAAAAUAGUUACUGCCAAAAAAUAUCCAAAACUUGAGAGAGAUUUGGUCAAGAAAAAUGAGGAGAAAUCUAAGGAGCUGAUUUCUUUAAAAUCAGAGUACAAAAUAAUGCAAAAUGAGCUUAAAAAAAUACAAUCAGAACCACAAGAGAUAAAAUCAGGAAAACAUGAUAACUCGGAAAAUGAAAUAUUGAAGUUAAAAAAUAAUGUUAGAUCAUUGGAGCAAGAAAGAGAUUACCUCCUGAAUUUGUUAGAUGAUGAUGUUGAAAUGAAAAUGUUCGAUGAAGAUUCUGGUUCAUACACACCUAAAGUUAGAGAAUGCAUCAUGAAAUUGACAUCUCUUAAUGUUGCGACAAGAAACAUUCCACCUGUUAUUGAAACUGUUUUAGGGCUAGCUAACAAAGCUGCUAAUAAAUUGCCAUCGAGACAAACAGUAGACAACAUUGUGUGUGAAAAAGUUGCUAUUGGACAAAAGCAAAUUGGUAUGAAGCUUGGACAAAAGAAAAACCUUUGUUUGUAUGAAGACGAAACAAGAAAGAAAGGGAAAACUUACCAAACAUUCCUUGCUAGCAAUGAAGAGAAAGAAGUUUUUUUCUUGGGUUAA